AUGGAAAAUCACAAAUAUUCCACCACUUUUAGCUCUUCUAUCCCCUCAGUAGAACCGUCAUCACUGGCUAUUUUGCUCUCUUCUCUGUCAAGCAACAACCGUCUUGCUCUUGGUUUGGGAAUAGGUGUGCCUCUUGGAGUUUUGUUCACACUUUUUUUAAUCUUUAUAUGGUUCCACCGGAAACAUAGAGCCAAGUGCUAUGAUGAAAAAAAAGGCAAUUUAAUGUUAGAGCCUGAAUCUCCAGUUACUGACAAGAAACUAUUAGUCGCCAAUGCUGAUGAAGAAACUGAUACAUAUUCUGGUAAUUUGCUUGCCUCAACCGAGUAUAAUAUUACCAUCCCUAAUUAUCCUUUUGAACCAGAAGAGCCAAUCAUGUACAAGACCCCCAUGCCCAGUUUCCAUAUUGAAGAAAAAGAUGAACUGGUGCUGUACAAGAUCAGACACGACUCGCCUCUAAAGCCACAUGAAAAGGAUCCUAACAGAAGGGGUAUUAUAAAAGUGUCGUCCAAUCCUGAUUAUGAUAGGUCUCUGCUUAGCUCUGUGAGUCUUUGA